AAUAGCGCCUAGAUAAGUUCUGAAAGAUAUUUUCCCUUGCCCUUCUGUCUCUCUGUGUCUCUCUCAUCUUUCAAAGCUAUCCGAAAAUAUUAAAUAGAAAUGUUUUUGUGGUCGAACCAGUUUCACCAACUGAAACCCCAAGUAUGGCAUGUUCUCUACCCUCCAUAUCUGCAAUUUCUUUAACCAACCGAACAUUACACAGUUUCACCAGAAGAAAUCUGGGUGCUAUGAACACAAGAGCCAUUGCUAAAGAGCUUUACUUCAACCAUGAUGGUUCAGCUACAAAGAAGCUUCUGGCAGGGGUGGACAUGGUAGCACAGCUGGUUGGGGUCACUUUGGGUCCAAAAGGGAGGAAUGUGGUGUUGCAGAACAAGUAUGGACCUCCCAAGAUUGUUAAUGAUGGAGAAACUAUUCUCAAAGAGAUUGAGCUAGAAGACCCUUUGGAAAAUGUUGGAGUAAAAUUGGUGAGGCAAGCUGGUGCAAAAACAAAUGAUCUUGCCGGUGAUGGUUCUACUACAUCAGUAGUGCUUGCUCAGGGUCUAAUUGCUGAGGGUGUCAAGGUCAUUGCAGCAGGCAUGAAUCCCAUUCAGAUAUCGCGUGGGAUCGAGAAAACUGCUAAAGCCCUUGUUGCUGAACUUAAAUUGAUGUCCAGAGAGGUUGAGGAUCAUGAGAUUGCAGAUGUUGCAGCAGUUAGCGCAGGAAAUGAUUAUGAAGUGGGAAACAUGAUAUCUGAUGCCCUUCUAAAAGUUGGAAGGAGGGGUGUGGUCACAAUUGAGAAAGGGAAUUGUUUCGAGAACAGUCUGCAGAUUGUCGAAGGGAUGCAUUUUGAUCGCGGAUACUUGUCUCCUUAUUUUGUUACUGAUCGACAGAAGAAGAUAGUGGAAUUCCAUAACUGCAAGUUGCUUUUGGUUGACAAAAAAAUCAUGAACCCAAAGGAGAUGUUUAAAAUAUUGGACAAUGCGGUUAAGGAGAAGUACCCAAUUGUGAUAGUUGCAGAGGGCAUUGAGCAGGAAGCUCUGGCUCCGAUAAUUAGGAACAAACUCAGGGGCGUGCUGAAGGCAGCUGCUAUUAAAGCUCCUGCCUUUGGCGAGCGCAAGAGCCAAUAUUUAGAUGAUAUUGCUAUCUUGACUGGAGGGACGGUAAUCAGAGAUGACAUGGGGUUAACCCUUGAAAAGGCUCAUGAAAACUUAUUGGGCACUGCUACUAAGGUGGUGAUAACUAAGGAUACUACAUUAAUAGUUACCGAUGGAAGCACUCAAGAGGCUGUCAAGAAGAGGGUUACUCAGAUCCAAAGACUUGCUGAGAACACGAAAGAAAAUUUUGAAAAGAAAAUUUUGAAUGAAAGAAUAGCAAGGUUAUCAGGGGGGAUUGCUAUUCUUCAGGUAGGGGCACAAACACAAGUUGAGUUGAAGGAUAAACAACUGAGGAUUGAAGAUGCUUUGAACGCAACCAAGGCAGCUAUUGAGGAAGGAGUUGUAGUUGGUGGCGGCUGUUGCCUUUUAAGGCUGUCUUUAAAGGUGGAUGGUAUCAAAGAAUUUCUCGACAAUGCUGAGCAGAAGAUUGGAGCUGACAUCUUUAAAAGGGCUUUGGUCUAUCCUGUGAGACAGAUAGCCAAAAAUGCUGGUGUGAAUGGGAAUGUUGUCAUAGAGAAGGUUCUCUCCCUCGAUGAUAUAAGGUAUGGAUACAAUGCAGCAAGAGACCAAUACGAGGAUUUGAUGGCUGCUGGAGUUUUGGAUCCAUCAAAGGUAGUUAGAUGUUGUUUGGAGCAUGCAGCAUCUGUUGCCAAGACAUUUUUAACAUCCGAUGCAGUUGUUGUUGACAUCAUAGAACCAGCACCUAUCCAAAUGAGAAAACCAGUGCCAACAUCAGGCAUUGGACCCAUUGGCUUUUAGUUUGUAGCUGAAGUUGCAUAGCUUCAUCAUUUUGGCUGUCUGGACUUUGCUUCCACCAUACUUGAAACACAAAGGAUUAUGCCGGAGUCAUGAAACAGAACAGUCUGAGAGUUCUCAUUUUUGGUUAAAGGAACUGAUGAUAUUACUGAAAGCGGAAUUGCCAGAAAAGUGGUUUAAAUCUGGUUGAUUACAUCAAAUUCAUGGUUUUUCGCAACGUAACACGCAUAUUCACUGAAAUCUGCAUAGUUAAAGAAGGUCAAUCUGAUGAAGAGGGAAUUUGGCAAGACCUGAUGGGGGCUUAGUUUUUAGUUUUAUAACUCACAUUUGAUGGGGAAUUUUUUACACCAUGUGAAAUUUUUUGCAAUAUAAUGAUUGAGGAUAAAUAUACAGUGCACUUGGGAUCAUAACAAAGACAAAACCGCAUUGAAGAGCUUCAGAGGAAAAUCACCAAUGUCAUCUGAUGUAUCAGUCUUAAUUUAUAUGAUGGACUAAUAAAAAGCUUGGUAUUUUCAUAAGAUUGGUGUAAUUCUUGAUGCAUUUUAAUAAAAUAAUUAUUGAAUUCCAACCUUUGGGAAA